AUGCAUGCUUGUCUCGCCAAAAUUACAAAGCUGUACAAUCUAUAUCUAAUCCGUCACAUUGUUCUCCAUUCAGAGUGUAUUAACAGUUGUUCUGUGGGCACGGCAUUGGGAAUAUAUGCUAUCUGUGGUAGUUGUGUCGAUUAUGUUACGUGUAUUGGUGCAACAGCAAUUCCACAAACCUGUACUGGGGGGUUGAUAUUUGAUGCUGUUAGUGGCUCUUGUAAUACCGUUGAAAGAGCUCCUGCAGAAUGUACUGAAGACUGCGUUGGUGUCUCUGCAGCCGGACUUUUUCCCAAAUGUCAGGAUUGUUCGCGUUGGUUUAUUUGCGCCCAGAACGUUGCUAGUGAGCAGAUAUGUGCCCCUGGAUUAUAUUUUGACAUAACUUCGCAAACAUGUGCUUUGGCAACACAGACAACUUGUGGGUAA